CAUAACACCUUCCUGUCAUCUCUCUGCACACACUGGGGCCUCAGCCACAGACAGCAGCUACCCGCCUGCCCACCUCCUUCCUUCUCCGGCCAGGAGGACUUCUGCGGAGCCAGGUAGUAGGGGCAUGAAGGGGGAACCUGCUCCAGAACUGGGUUGUUGCCACAAGACCAAACCCCUGAGCAGAACAGGGAGCACCCUGUCCCCCAGUCUGGACUUCCAGGCUUGCAAAGGUGACCAGGUCUCUCCAGUCUGUAGGCCGAUUCCAGACACAGUGGACAUUCAUGGCCCACCCUGUGCCAGCUGGCUGUGCCCCUCUCCACUGGUACCAGCCAGGUCUGCCCUGCUGGCCUGCUCCCAGGGCCCGGACCUCUACCUAUGCACUCCGCAGCUGGCACCCCCAAGCACAGCCCCACAGGGUCUCAGAGAGGACUCUUUGAGCACAAAGCACCAGCCACCAGGGCCACAUGCUGGCUCCCCCAACGACGAGAAACUAACAGCCAAGUAUCCUCUGAGCAGGGACGAGAUGGGAAGCCAGGAAGAAAGAGCUGACGAGGGGGUCCCCUGCCCAUCCUUCUCUCCUUACAGCAGCUCUUCCUCAACCCCCUGGCAGAAUAGAAAGAACCCCAACCCCUUGGCUUUCUGCCCCUGCCCCUCGCCUACUUUCAUCUCCAAAGAACUCCCAUUUCACCUUCAUCCCCUCUGUCCUGAGUAUCCAUUUCUCCUGCCCCCACCUUACCUGUUUGCCUAUGGGGCCCCACCUUCUGUCCAAUGUCACCCCGUCUUCAUGUUGCCACAAGACACCUCCUACCCCAUCAGGGCUGUGCCCAGCUUGCUGAUGAGUGUCAGUGAGUCUGGGCACCACAGCUCCUGGGGUGAGAUCCUGCAUCCUUACCCAGGGGCCUUCCAAGCCUCUGGCCAAACCCAACUCCCCCAGGCAUGGAUUCCAGGCCCUGGAGCCGCCAGGACCUACUCCCAAGGGCCAGAGCGUGCUGGCAGCGUGGUUCCAGCAAAGCGGACUCCACUGGGCUCCCGGGCAGCCCUGCCUUACCCGCUGAAGAAAGAGAAUGGCAAAAUCCUGUAUGAAUGCAAUGUGUGCAGCAAGAGCUUCGGGCAGCUCUCCAACCUCAAGGUCCAUCUGCGUGUGCACAGUGGGGAGCGCCCGUUCCAGUGUGCCCUGUGCCAGAAGAGCUUCACCCAGUUCGCCCACCUGCAGAAGCACCACCUGGUGCAUACUGGGGAGCGGCCCCACAAGUGCCCGAUAUGCCACAAGUGCUUCAGCAGCUCCAGCAACCUCAAGACCCACCUGCGCCUGCACUCGGGUGCCCGGCCGUUUCAGUGCAGUGUCUGCCCCAGUCGCUUCUCCCAGCACAUUCACCUGAAGCUGCACCGUCGGCUGCACGAUCCACUGCCCUGUAGCCUAGCUCACACCCACCUGCCUCUGGCAUCUCUCACCUGCCUUGCCCGGUGGCACCAGGGGGCACUAGAUCUUGUGACAGUGCCAUCACAGGGGCAGAGGGGCUGGGAUUCAGACAAGAUCAAGGUGCCCUCAGCAUCUCAGGGAAAGGAAGGGCAGUCAGCCUAAGUCGUGGUGUCUGGACUGCCCUGGGGAGGGCUCGGGGCAGAGCAAUUAAAGGAUUUUCUCUACAA